CAUUGAUGGCCGAGUUGUCAAGGUGAUGGACUUCCUGAAAACUCGCCUGUUAGAUACACUCUCUGACCAGAUUAGGAAAAUUCAGAAAGUGGUUAAUACAUACACGCCAGGAAAGAAGAUUUGGCUUGAAGGUGUGGUAACCACCUCAGCUGGAGGCACAAACAACCUAUCAGAUUCCUAUGCUGCAGGAUUCUUAUGGCUGAACACUUUAGGAAUGCUGGCCAAUCAGGGCAUUGAUGUUGUGAUACGGCACUCAUUUUUUGACCAUGGAUACAAUCACCUCGUGGACCAGAAUUUUAACCCAUUACCAGAUUACUGGCUCUCUCUCCUCUACAAGCGCUUGAUCGGCCCCAAAGUCUUGGCCGUGCACGUGGCUGGGCUACAGCGGAAGCCACGGCCAGGCCGAGUCAUCCGGGACAAACUAAGGAUUUAUGCUCACUGCACAAGCCACCACAACCACAACUAUGUUCGAGGGUCCAUUACACUUUUUAUCAUCAACCUGCACAGAUCCAGAAAGAAAAUAAAACUGGCUGGGACGCUCAGGGACAAGCUUGUGCACCAGUACCUGCUGCAGCCCUAUGGACAGGAGGGCCUGCAGUCCAAGUCAGUGCAGCUGAACGGGCAGCCCUUAGUGAUGGUGGACGAUGGGACCCUCCCAGAGUUGAAGCCCCGCCCCCUACGGGCUGGCCGGACAUUGGUCAUCCCUCCAGUUACCAUGGGCUUUUAUGUGGUAAAGAAUGUCAACGCUUUGGCCUGCCGCUACCGAUAAGCCACCCUCACAUUCAUGAAAUGCCAGCAGGCCUACUGGACUGCUUUCCACCUUUCCGCCCCAAUAGUAUCCUUACUUUCAGACAUCUUCUUAGCAACAAACCAGUCCCUGCCGCCCCAUCCUGCUGGAAUCGACGUAGACUUGCUCUCUCAAGGUAGCACGAGCUUAGCCUAGGUAGGUCACAUCCACCCCAGAGGGAAGUGUGGACAUCACGUGUACCUUUAUCAGGUUGAAGUUGUGUGUGUAGAGCUGUUUGUAUCCUUGUAUGUGUACCAUGAAACCCAGCGGAAGCACACUCCCCGGACAAAUGCAAUAACUGCCCAGGUCCCGGUCACACCGCAGUGUCACUACGGGCCGUAGCCUGUGGCUGCUGCCCUCAGAGAUGAGCAAGGACCAAAGCCUGGUGGUCCUUGAUGGAGAGCCCCAUCCUCCUCCAAAGUCUCAGCACAAAGAGAAGGCGCGCCGCCCCACCAACACACUCCUUUUCUUGCCUGCUCCCUGCUGUUGCACUGCGUUUCCUGUGAGCUCUCUUCCCAGCGGGGAGCAAGUGGGUGAGUCAGGCCUGGCUGAUUGGUGAGCUCUUUGUGUCAUUUCCCGGCUGAUGUAUGAGUGUGUGCAUCUGGGUUUCUCACAGUGGCAUCAAUCACUGGCUAUUCCUCUGGGAAGCCAGUGCUUCAAAAGUAAAAUUGCGAUCAUACUCCAGAUUUUAUAAGAAGGCUCUAUUCCUCUGUGAAUCCAGAUUCCCCCAGGGUUGGAAUGGAAGUCGGGUAACAAUAUACAUUGAGUGGAGAGCAAUGUAGUAGGCACCACAAAAAGCAAUCAUCAUCCGUCAUGCGGCUGUGAGGGAGAGUUUCGGUACAAAGAGAAAGUACACCACACCAUCGCCACACAUGUACACAUACACACACACAC